AAAGACUCGCAUUAAAAACCACCGACAACCCCCUCCCCGCGCCGUGGCGUGACGCGGCGGCCAGAAGGCAGAGACAUGCCGGCCGGCGGAGAACCGGCCCCGGGUGCUGCUGGCCGCAGCCACCCGGAGACGCAGCGGCCGCGGUGACGGGGACCGCCCUUCGCGCCCCGAGAUGGCGGGGGAGCGCUCCGCCGCCGGGAGGGCCGCGCUCCUCUCUGCCGGCCGGGAGACGGGGCGAGGAGGAGGAGGAGGAGGAGGCCCGGCCGAUUUCGUGGCUCUCCUCCCGCCGGAGGUCAGCUCUCGGAUUUUCAGCGACCUGGACAUCGAGAGCUUGUGUCACGCGGCCGUGACGUGCAAGGGCUGGCACCUCGUCAUCGAGAGCGAUGACCGCUUAUGGCGACACCACUGUUUGAGCAUGAGGGCCGUCUGCCAGCGGGAGAUCGACUGCGAUCGGGGAAAUGGAUAUUCCUGGAAGCUUUAUGGGAGAACUGCUGUAAACUGCGUGGCUCAGUAGUGCACCCCAACAGCUGGACAUCUGGUUAAAUGCACAGAGAGAUGAAAGCAACGCUGCCCUGUUUCCUACCCAGAACCACCUCUGGCUGGCUCAGCGUGCCCCGCUUACUCCUCACGCUGCCCCACAUAGCCUCAGCCCUGACGUUCAUCACGUCGAAGUCUGCACAGCCCUAACAUAGAAGAAAGCCCACAUCUCACUAGACAGGGCCAGGGGAGAAGACAACAUAUUCCCGCUAGGCAGCGUGUGCUCUCUGGUUGUAUUUCAUGGGAAUAGUUCUGCUGGUGAUGAAGGACUUCCCGGAAAUUCAUCCUAGGUAGCUCUGCCUCAAUACACCUUGAGCGACGCGUAUCCAGGAGAAAAAAAAAAUGGGGUGGAGAAGAGGAAGCAAGCAGGAGCUUGGAGAAGCUGUUCAAACUCUCCCCAUGCACACUCCCAGUUACAGCUGCUCUGAGGAGUUAGGAGCUGGACAUGCUGGAACAUCUAUCACUGUCGAGUCCAGCCUGCAAACUGAGGGAGAUCAGGAAAGGAGUGGUUUCACAGUUACUACUCUGGACCAGCUGGAGGGCGAUCCCCACCUCAUUUUAGCUGGUGUGUUUGAGAGCAGGGCUGUGGUGCAGCAUUGAAAAGAGAAGCAGCAGCAAAAACAAACAGUUCUGGACUCUCACAUUUCAGUAGAGGUGUUUCAGUAUGAGGCAAAGCCUUGAGCAGGUAGUGGUUGCCCUUCAAACAUACAGAUCUUAGUCCUCUUGCACUGGAAUUUCCAGAGCUCCCUGCACUGAUUCUCUAUUUUAUCUGUAUUUUGGAGAGGGGAUUUGAAGCAGAAGCAACAAUCACACCAAGUCAGCAUUCUCUUGCACUAAAAGGUUGGCUUAACAGAAGAAUCUAGCCAGCCUGCAUUAAGAGCCCAAACAAGAGUUAAAGGUCAUAAAUAACCUAAAGAGGAAGAGAAAGUGAACCACACCUUUUUUAAGGAGUAAGGAGGAAGAUUAAUUCCUGGUUUAGGGUUUUGAUCUUGACCCUCAAAGAAUUGAGGCAAGAAGUGAUUCUCCACCCAACUUAGAACAGAAAAGAUGGAAGCAGACCAAGGUCUGCUUCUUGGCAGCAGUACAUCUUCCUGGGCUUAGCAUCUAGAUAUCCAAAGACAUGUUCCAAAUCUUUUUUCUAGCAUUACCUUUCCAAUGCAAAACUUACUUGUAUUGAAUGGAACCUAAAUCAGUUCAUUUCCAAGAUUUGAGCUGUCUGUUUUUCCAUCAGAUCACAUUACUGAGAAACUACUGGAAAAGCAAAGUGAAGCAAGAAUGGCUGAGCGGGAAAUACAGCAACAUUCCUUCACAAAACAGCUUGCC